AUAGGUAGGUACGUACCUCAACAGCCUAGUCCGGAAGGCAGAACUGACGCGCAGCUCCAAGCUCCAGAGGUUCAACGUCCAAAAGAUACUGGAGCUUCGCUGCAUCCCAUCAAUAUCAGCCUUACAACUUCAUAUUUCACAAGCGACAACUAGGUCCUCUUUUUGCCGCCACACUACCAACGUAACUUUGAGGGCCAUUUCAGUCUCGACACCCGAACCUGAUCCCGUUGCCCAACUCAAUCCAAUAUGGAUCAUCGACCGCAAGCUUGGGGCCGUCCCAGAGACGACGUCUACGGCGCCUACGAUGCCUCAUACAUGCAGACCAACGGUCCCAACCAGCACACCCAGUCCCCCGUCGUAACGGGAACAUCGGUAGUGGCGAUGAAGUUCAAGGACGGUGUAGUCAUGGCAGCAGAUAACUUGGCCUCCUACGGCUCCCUAGCCCGCUUCACCGACGUAAAGCGCAUCCGCACCUUCGCCGACACCUCUAUCAUCGGCUUCGGCGGCGACGUCUCCGACAUGCAGUAUCUAGACCGGCACCUAACGGAGCUCGGCAUCGACGAGGCGUACCAGCAGACAGCACACACGCUCAACGCCCGCAGCUUGCACAAGUACCUAUCGAAGCUGCUCUACCACCGGCGCUCCAAGUUCGACCCGCUGUGGAACCACCUACUCGUCGCCGGUCUCGACGAGGAAGGCAAGCCCUUCCUAGCCGCCGCCGACCUCCUCGGCACCACCUUCUCGUCGCCCUCGCUAGCCACCGGCUUCGGCAGCAUGCUCGCCCAGCCCAUCAUGCGACGAUACGUGCCGGACGAGGAAUCCGUCGCCAACGUGACGCGCGAGCAGGCCGUCGAGGUCAUCCGGGAGUGCAUGAAGGUGCUAUUCUACCGCGACGCCCGCUCCCACGACACGUACUCCCUCGCCGUCGUGACCAAAGACGGCAUCGAGCUCACCGAGGGCGAGAAGCUCGAGAACCAGAGCUGGGCCUUCGCCGACCGCAUCAAGGGCUACGGCACCCAGACCGUAUAACCGGUGGAUCUUACCUAUCUACUCGCCACCUACUCCUCGAAGUCUACGUCUACGUCUACAUAUGCUAGUUACUAAGGGUGCCGCCAGCUAGAA